AUGCGCUUGUCGUGCUUCUUCCCGGCCGUCGCGGCCGUCGCGCUCGUCUCGGCCGUCGUGCUGCCAGGCCCGCGCCCCGCCGACAACGACGUGCCGCGCGUCUCGAGCGAUCUCGAGGCCGCCGCCGAGCCUGAAGAUGCCAACUCAAUGGCGCAGGCCAACGGGCUCCUGAAGCCCUUGGACGACGACAUAAACAUCUACAUAUACGACAGAAAGGGCAGCCGAAUUGCAAGGUACGGGAAGAACAAGCAGGUCGUAAAGUCCGAGGCGUAUGAGGAGGAGGAGGACUACGACGACGACGAAAGGGACCGGAAGGAAGAGAAGGAGGAGAAGAAGAAGAAGGCCGAGAAGGCCGAGAAAGCUGAGAAGAAGAAGGCGGCUGAGAAGGCCGAGAAGAAGAAGGAGGCCGACAAGGCCGCGAAGAAGAAGGAGGCCGACAAGGCCGCGAAGAAGAAGGAAGCCGAGAAGGCCAAGAAGAAGGAGGCCGAGAAGGCCAAGAAGAAGGAGGCCGAGAAGGACAAUGACAAGAAGACGAAGACCGCCAAGGACGUAGAGGAUGCCAAGAGGGAGAUGAACAGGAAGAAGGCCGAGUGGGCCGCGUCGGACAAGAAGAAGGCGGCGGACGCGAAGAAGAAGCAGGAGAAGAAGAAGGAGAAAGAAGAGAAGGCCGCGAGGGACAAGAAACACGAGGAUGAGAUACACGCGAAGAAGAUGGCGAAGGAGGAGAGGUUGAAGAAGGAGGGCAAGAUAAACAAGCCGGCCAUCCGACUCAGGGGAGCCUGCAUAUCGAGGUGCUUCAAGAUGGUCCUUCCAGUACUUUAUCUCCCUUGCAUUUCGAUGUGCUUUUUGAAGUAUGCCUGA